AUGGGGGCGCUGCCGGGGCUCCUGCCGCUGCUGCUGCUGGUGGGCGUGGCGGGGGCCCGGGGGGCCCGGCCCGCGGAGCCGCGCGCCGCCUGGGUGACGGUGCCGCGGCAGCUGAGCCCCCGGGCCGGCGACGACGCCCCGGCCCUUUCCUACUGGCUGAACGUGGCGGGGCGGCCGCGGGUGCUGCGCCUGCAGUCCAGGAGGGGCCUGGUCUCCCGUCCUUUCACCCUGGUCACCUACGGCCGGGACGGGACCCGCCAGGAGGAACACCCCUUCGUGCGGGACAACUGCUUCUACCAGGGCCACGUGCUGGGGAGCCCCGGUUCCCUGGUGGCCCUCAGUACCUGCGGCACGGGCCUCCACGGCAUGCUCUGGGUGGAGGAUGAUACCUACCAGAUCGAGCCCGUCCCCAAUGAUCCGGCUUUUCGGCACAUACUCCACCGCAUGGAAGAGGCAAACAGCCCCGAGGGACAGGGCUGCGGACUGACGCCGGAGGUGCUGCAGCAGCAAAAGGCUGUGCUGCCCUGGUUCAAGGCUCCCAAGGCAGAGGAAGAGAACGAAAAGCUGAAGGACUGGUGGACACACAUCAGAUAUGUGAAGAUAGUAGUGGUCGUGGACCAUGUACGGUUUGUGAGGUCAGGCAGGAACAAAUCCGAAGUCUUGAAGGACGUCAUGCAUGUCAUCAAUGUUGGAGAUGUUAUGUACAAGCAGCUUUCUCUCCGGCUGUUUCUUAUAGGACUGGAGAUCUGGACUGAAAGUAACUUUAUAAAUAUUACUAACUCUCUUCCCAGUGUACUUACUCAGUUUAACGAUUGGAGAAAGGCAAACCUGCUGGGUCGGCUGCACCACGAUGUUGCUCACUUAUUUGCGUUACAGUGGUUUGGAGGCUCCCUGGGAUUGGCAUAUAUAGGGACAGUGUGUGAUAGCCACUGGGCAGCUGCUGUUAUUUCCUUCACUGAGACAAAGUUGUCUGGAGUUUUUGUCACGUUUGUCCAUGAGCUGGGUCAUAAUCUUGGGAUGCUCCAUGAUAAACCGGGUUGUUAUUGCAAACGCAAGACAUGCAUUAUGUAUGAAAACAAUGCCGACACAGAUGCGUUCAGUGACUGCAGUUACAAAGAGUACUUUCAGCUGGUUGUAAAUGGCGCUCCGUGCCUUCGUAAACCCCCAGAACCUGGCACUUUCUACACUGGGAAACGGGAAUACUGUGGGAAUAAGGUAGUAGAAAGUGGAGAGCAAUGUGACUGUGGUUCACCAGCAAACUGCAGAAGGGAUCCUUGUUGCCACGCAAACUGUACAUUUACUGCAGGUUCAGUCUGUGCAUUUGGAAAAUGCUGCAAGAACUGUCAGUUCCUUCAAGCAGGAACACUCUGCAGAGCAAGUACUGGCAGCUGUGACCUGCCAGAGUAUUGCAAUGGGCUUUCCCCUCACUGCCCACUGGAUGUAUACAAACAAGAUGGAACCCCUUGCAAAGAUGGUGUUUAUUGCUAUAAAGGAAAAUGCUCUUCCCACAGUGAACAGUGCCAGAAUCUCUUUGGCAAACAAGCCAGGGUUGCUUCUUUAGAUUGCUUCAAAGCAGUGAAUACUCAAGGUGACCGGUUUGGGAAUUGUGGUAUUCUUAACAAUGUCUAUUUUACAAAAUGCAGUACUAAGAAUGUCUUAUGUGGUAGGAUUCAGUGUGAAAACAUAGUCAAAAUGCCUUUCUUGCAGAACCAUGUAACGCUAGUCCAAACUCCUGUUCAAGAUAAAAAAUGCUGGGGUCUCGACUAUCACGUGGGGAUGCCAAGAGCAGAUGUGGGAGCUGUGGAAGAUGGCACACCAUGUGGUAGUGAUAUGCUUUGCAUCAACAGGACGUGUAGGAGUGUAUUAGUGCUGAACUAUGACUGCAAUAUGACGAAGUGUCAUGGCAGAGGAGUGUGUAACAAUCGUAAGAACUGUCACUGUGAGUAUGGCUGGGCUCCUCCAUAUUGUAAAUUGGAAGGAUUUGGAGGUAGCAUUGACAGUGGACCCCCUCCAGCCAGGAAGAUGUCUCAGAGAGCAAAAGUAAGACUAAUACUAUUUAGCUUUUUUUUUAUGUGUAUCAUUGGAGUAGCUCUUUCCAUCCGUUAUAGGCGGAAAAUAGAGGGAUGGCUUACGAACAAAAAGGCCCGAUUUCAUAGAAUAUUUGAGUUGUUUCAAAGACGGAAAAAACCAGAUGUUCCUAAACGAAACUCACCUGCUGUUUGCUGUGAGGACAGUUAAAAGAGCUGGGAACAGGUCACACAUCUCCCUUCCUCUCUCCUACGCCUACCCCAGACAACUGUGGCCUACUCCUUAACCUUCCUAAGGAAACCAGCUCCAGCCUGGGGAGCAGGGCAGGGCCAGGCCCUG